ACACCUGGAAUGGUAACAUACUGCUGUGUCGAAACGCGAUGGGCGGAGCUGCUGGACCAGGGGUAUAUAUAAUCCAACAGAACAGUCUACCUUCAGUUACGCUGUCAGCAUGAAGCUCUUAUUGUGUCUCUCCCUCUGCCUGGCUCUCUGCUUCGUUGGCGUGACAGGGCUCAGGUGCAUUCAAGACGUAGGAUGCACACCCGAGGAGCAGGCUGGUCUGAACUGCCGGUUUGGAUAUUUGCCGGACCGCUGCAAUAGGUGUAGAUGCGCGAAGGGGCUUGGCGAGGUGUGCGGCGGGCCGUGGGAGAGCUCGGGCAUGUGCGCCACAGGUCUCGUCUGCAAUAAGGACCCCGAGGACUUCAACGCUGACGGCACGUGUCGCGCGAUCAAAUCUGUUGAGAUUAGAGAAUGAAUUUUAUAAAUCGUCAGCAGUG